GGUCUUCUCCGGGCUGGCCGGAGCUGUGCCGCAGCCGGACGAUGCGUGGUUUGGGAAGGUCUUCGAGAGCUAUGCUGCGCGAUGUGGCGGCAAUGGCGUCUCAUUGCGGGCCAUGGAGGACGCGGCGAAGCAGUUCGUCGCGCACCACCAGCGCAAGAAGGAGGCUGCCCAGGCCGUAUCCACGCCGGCCGCAACCAAAGCUGUCAAGGGCAUCGAGUCAUCAGAGACUCCGGGUGCUGGCCCUGUCGGUCGGGUGCAGCCAGCCAAGCAGGUUCUCCAAGACUAUGCCGGGGCGCAGGGCGCUUACGCAAUGCCCAACCAG